AAGCCUCUGGCAUUAUAUCCAAAUCGACCACAGCACGUUGCGCAUGCGGAGGACAGCUCUGGCGCAGAGUUGUCCUGAGUCGCUGUAGUUUACCCUCGAGACGACCAAUGGCGAGAGUUCAAGUUAGCAAAGCGGCAGCGGAAGAGUUCACCGAGUCAACCGAAGACGACUCGCCCGCCGAGAGCGACUCUCGUGACAGCGAGUAUGCGCCAGACCUGGACGAAGAGGUCGAUGCUUCAGGGACUGGCGAGGACGACCUGGACGACGAUGGGGACGAGGACGCAUUCGCGAAGCACGUUGAGGAGGCGGAAGCGUACACGGAUGGUGACUACGUAGACGAGGAGGAGGAGAUGGAGGCGGACGAAGAGCAAGGCCCCGCCCAGGAUGACCAAACGCCGGCGGGCCCCGCGGGCGGCCGGCGGGCAACGGCGGCGGAGCAGAUGGACGUGGACGAUGGGGGCGACGGGGAGGGCUGGGAGGGUGAGGAUGGGUUCGACGACGACCACCUCGAGCAGGAGCAGCAGGAGCGCGACGCAGAUGAGUAUCCCGACCAGCAGGUCCCUGAAGGCGAGCUCGAUGACCCACUGGCCAAGCCCGCGCCGCAGCUGCGGGAGGAGGACAUGCAGCGCAACCCGCGCGAUGUGCGGGACCCAGACACGGGCGCGCCCCGGCCCUUCCGCUGGGACCUGUACAAGGGCGACGCGGGCGUGCUGGAGGCGGCUGUCAGGAGCGGGAGCGCCAUCAUCGUGGGCGUGCGCCUCGGCCGCCUGGUGCACCGCAAGGGCCAGCCCCGACUAUACCGCAUGCGGCUGCCGCGGACGGCCUCGGUGCUGCUGGUCAAGCGCGAGCUCAGCCGCCGCUUCAGCAAGGGCCAGGUGUGGCCCUCCUUCAUCAGACUGAGGAAGGUGGUGCACAAGAAGGUGCCAGGCCCGGCGGGCCCUGCUGGUGCGGCGGCGGCGGCGGCGGUGCAGUGGCUGGUGGAACUGCCGGACUUUGCGCCAGUGCCGGAGGCGGGGGAGGGGGCCGGCGCGGUGCCUCCGGCGCCGGAGGCGUCGCUGAACGAGUGCGGUGUGGGGCCCGGGUCCGAGCUGGUCAUGGACGUCCAGUGGGGCGACUACUUCGAGUGCCUCCGUGUCGCGGACCGAGUGCACGUGGCGCGGGAGCUGUGGCGGCAGAAUGAGAGGGUGGCCAAGGCCAGGGCGGCGGCGGAGCAGCAACAGCGGCAACAACUGCUGCAGCAACAGCAGCAACAGCAGCAACAGCAGCAGCAACAACAGCGACAACAGCAGCAGCAGCAGCAGCAGCAGCCACAGAAGCGGCGUCUGCAGCAGGGGCGGCCACAGCAGCCGCGGCGGUGGGAGGACAGCCCGCUUCAGCAGCGGCGAGGCGGUGCGGCGGGGGUGACGGCCGCCGCCGCAGGAGCCGCUGAUGCCGGUGGUGCCGGUGGUGCCUACGGUGCCUACGGUGCUCCAGCCGCCACUGCACCAGUGCGCUCGCCAGUCCGCGCGGGAGGCCAGACGCGGCGUCCACGUCAGAGGUGGUCGGUGGAGGAGACGUGCACGUUUCUGCGCUACAUGCUCCUGGAGGAGUGCUCCAUGUCUUGGAGCACCGUCAUCCACUACGACGCCGAGCGUGGCGGUGGGGUGCUCGCCAGCCGCACCCCGGUGGACCUGAAGGACCGCUGGCGCACCGUGAUGAAGCACGUGGAGGACGGCUUCUCCAAUGUCAGCGCGUGGGGCGCGUCGACGGGGCUCCGGGACCGGCAGCUGCAGGAGCUGGCGCGGCGGGCGUACGAGCGGUACAAGGAGCGCACGAGGCAGUGGCCGCUGGGGUAGGGCGCCGCGGUAGCAGCGGGAGGUGCAGGCAGACGGGGCAUGUGGAGCCCAUGUGACAGGUAGCCGCAGUGGAAGAUGGCGUGUGUACGCGGGCGUGUUUGUUAAAGAGCACAAGGAAACCAUGGCGCAAAGUGUGUGUGUGUGUGUGUGUGU